AAGACUUUUUCUGAGAAUCUGCAUCACUGACAGAGACCAUUUCAUCUCCACUUGGUCUCCAGCAGGCAGGGAAGGUGAUUCAUAAAGAAUUGAUGAAAUUCUACCUCUUUUGCCCCCUUCAGGUUUGGUCGCCAAAAGACGCCUUCGUGGGACCUGCGGGGGGCACCCUCGACCUGGCCAGCCAUGCUGAUCCUGACCUGCUCUUCCAAGCUGCAGCUGCUGGAGAGUGUGUUGCGAAAGGGCUUCCCUGAAACACUGCUGGUCUGUGGGGCGGUGAUGCACAUCAACCGUGGAAACCCAGCUCAACACGAAGUCGUGGUGGACUCUUGGCCAGAAUUUAAAGCUGUUCUUACCCGACCACGGAAGGAGGUGCUGAAGGACAAGAGGGAUUAUUAUGCCAACCUGCAUGCUGCUUUCUAUCGGGAGGAAGAUGCCUGCAGAACCCUCUUGGAAAACAAAGAUGCGGUAGACUGGGACAAAGCCUUCCAGCUGCAAGGUCUCCAAGAUGGGCUUUAUCAGACUGUGAAAGUUAUGGCAGAGACUAGAAGUGUCCACAUGGAGCCCCAUUUUUACCAGGCAUUGCUGAACCCAGAUGCAGCCAAGUUAUGUCAGAACCAGCUCAGAAGUGACCCCCUCCACUUGGGGACGCUCAACCCAUCCCAUGCAGCCCUACUCAAUGACACUUAUGAAUUUGGAGGCAAUGAUCACAGCCUGCGCUAUCUCAGGAACCUGAUUGAGGACUUCCCAAAUGCAUGCCUCCUAGAUCAGAAAGGGCAGCUGGUUGUCUGGAGCCUAAGUGAUGCCCUUGGGUGUCUGACUCAUGGCUAUGCUCUUCCUGAGUACCGGGGAAAGGGUCAUAUGAAAACAGUGAUGCAGGCACUAGCCAGAAAAUUGCAUGCUAAAGAUUUUGCCUUGUAUACUAGAGUUCGGCCAGAGAACAAGAUCUCCAAGCAAUAUUUAAGGGGCCAGGGUUUUCAUCUCUUGCCUUGGACAAAGUAUAUUCUUUUUUUCAUUCCAAAUCACAUGAAAUUGCAGGGACAGCAUUCAGAUUUCAUUAGUUGGGGAGAUUGGAAGUAACGUUCACACAGAGAUGUAAGGGACUGUGUCUGGAUAUAUUCAAGUUUAAGACGGAAAAGGAUUACAAAAACCAGGAAUAGCUAUGAAUAAAUAACUGUGCAUUCUAAAAUAAAAUCCUUGCGGCCUUUAAAUGGUGCAUAGCCCAUAAAUAUCUCUUGGCUUUCAUUUUGCACCAUAUCUGGAUCAGGGGUGAGUUCUACUUACCUUUAUUACCGGUUCGCAACGGGAGUGCACACACUCGCGCUUCUGCGCAUUCACAGUUCGCCAAAUAUGAUGUCAGGGCAGGUAGGCGGAGCCUCCCACCACUUUUACUACUGGUUCUCAAGAACCGGACAGAACCAAGAGCAACCCACCACUAAUCUGGAUCCAGUACUUUGGCCCUAAAUGACACCCUUUUUAUUUUAAAGAGAGCUCUUCCACCCCACCACUGCUUUGAGUCUCCCGUCCUGUGAUCAUCUUCACUUCUGCCAAUUUCAAAAGGCUGAGAAUAGACCAAUGAGUCCCUGCGGCAAUUACUGCUCCGACAACUAACUAAUAGGAUAGUAUAAAGUAUGUCCUUCAAUUAGUUCCAUAUGCCAAGCAACAUCUUUUAGGAUUCUGCCACUCUUAGAGGAAGAAAGAAGACUGCUAGUGAGAAUUAUUGUGAGAGCCAGUUUGGUCUCUUGGUUAAGGUACCAGGCUAGAAAGUGGGAGAUUGUGAGUUCAAGUUCCAUUUUAGCCAUGAAAGUCAGCAGGGUGACUUUGGGCCAGUCAGUGUCUCUCAAGUUAAUCCACCUCACAGGAUUAUUGUUGUGUGGAAAAUAAGAAGAGGAAGGGGUGGAUAUGUUCACCACCUUGAGUUAUUUGUAGAAGAAUAAAAGAGGCAGCAUACAAAUAAAUAAAUAAAUAAAU